UAAUGUGGUAAUCGUGAAGUCAAGACAGGGUCAGGGCUGUGACGAUCGUACAUGGGCGUGCAUCGCAGUACAUACAUCAACAUGGAUGAAGCGAACAGCGAACUCGGGGUAGUGACUGUCGAUGGGAAGAAGCUUGACUCGGAUUCCAGUGGACAGGACAUCGUUACAGUAACAGAUCGAAGUGGCCACACCUUAAAGUUUCAACUAUUCCAAGGAGUACAUUAUAUACCUUUGUUUAAAGUCGCUAUACUUCAACAAAUCAAAGGUCUCAAAAUGAGACCAGAUGACAUAUACUUCAGCGGAUAUCCUCGAACAGGGACAAACUGGACAUUCGAAAUGACAAGCAUGCUUCUUAAUGGUAAAGCUGAAACCAUCCAAAGAGCCAAGGAUCUCAUGGAGUUAUCUCAGCCUGACAAACUAGCCCAGCUGCCAUCACCACGCAUCGUCAACUCUCAUAUGAAGCUGUGCGACUCUCCAGAUGAUGUGGCAGCUCUUAAGUGCAAAGUAAUCUACACCUUGCGAGACCCAAAGGAUGUUAUCGUCUCUCUGUACAAUCUCCUUUAUGACAGGCCCUGGUCCUAUGGUAGAUAUCAGGGGUCACUUGAGGAUUAUCUUCACCUCUUCUUGGAUGGAACAGGUUAUGUUUCAGUCGACAAUAAUGGCAUAUUUGAACACUGGAGAGACGCCGAGAAAUAUUUUAGUCAGCAUCCCGAAAUUCCAGUUCAUUUGCAAAUAUACGAAGACGCCAUCAAGGAUCCUGUACGUGUUGUUCAAACUCUGUCCGACUUCCUUGGGCUGACCAGAGAUGACGAUCUGUGCCGAGCCAUUGCAGAGAAGUGCAACUUUUCCGGAAUGAAAAUCGACAAGGAGCCCUUUGCAUUAAAACUUGAUGGUGAAAAUUAUUUGUACAGAAAAGGAAUCGUUGGUGACUGGAAGAACUGGUUCAACGACGAGAUGUUGGAGGACUACUACAGCGUGUACGAAGAAAAGAUGGCGGGGUCCAGAUUCUAUGAUACUUAUGCCAGGAGUAAAUACUAGUAUAGCCAUACGAAAAUGUUUCUAAUGGUCAAUAUAUACACAAAUCGGAGAUGCAUUAAUUACCGAUAUAGCACAAAGCCUAACUUGAAUCACUACUCUGAAUGGACAUAUACUUUACGGUGUUAUAUUUCUUUUUGAACUUCAUAAUGUAAAAAACGUCUCGUCAGAUUAAACCAUUUACAGACUGAAUAAAUAAAGCUAGAGUAUUGAAUGAACACUGCAUAUCACAACACAACUAUUUUAUUACCUAGAGUUAAUUUUAAGGAAUGUUGAUUAUAAACUUUCAGUUACAAAUCGAAAAACAAAAGUUCAAGCUGCCUUCCAAUAUACAUUCAUCAUUUGCUUGGAUAAAUGAACCGACUAAUUCGUUUUAAGAAAUGUUAAGACCCUCAAAAGUCCCACUGUUUCUUUUAAUCUAACCCAGUAAAUAAUCAGUGUCAAAGGGAGUCGAUGAAUUAUACUUUAAACACUCGCUGGGGGCCCUUUUGUUAAAGAACACGUUCUCCAUUUAUAUGACCAACAUGAUAGAGGACAUAUAUAUUCUUUUCGAAUACUUGCAAUUGCGUGAGUUUCAAGUGAUGUUUACUGUAUAAAUCUGACGAGGACAUGUCGACGUGUUCACGUCUGUUGGAAGGAAGGUCAAGGUUGCCGAGGCUAUGUGACUUGCGGCGUCGGUGACAUGCACAUUCAUAUAGGUCAACAGUCAAUUCGAUGAGUGUCUGGGUGGACAUGUUGUCUAUAUAAGACAGUUGACUGUUCAUUCAGGGUUCACAAUAAAUUGCACUGUAUAUCUCAACAACUCUGCAACAAGACCAUAUGUUAAUAUGCCACCUUCGUCAUUGUCAAUCACGGAAAAGUUCACUACUUGGUGAAACGCGUUCCUGCAUAUACUGUUAUUGAUUGUUGAGAUGUUUUAGUCACAUCUUAUACCAUAAUAUGCUCAGUUGUGCUUCAUAAGUUCGUGUCGGAACAGACCGCCUCCGUGGUUUAGUGGUACAGCGUCCGCCCGGAGAGCGGAAGGUCCGGAAUUCGAUCCCCGGCCGCGUUAUACCAAAAGACGUAGUUGUUGUUACCCUGUCUGGCGCUCGGCA